AUGGCUGCUCAGCGGCUCGGCAAGCAGGUCCUGAGCAAGCUGCAGUCACCCUCCUGGGCCGGGGGCAGUCCCAGAGGUAGCCCUGGAGGCCUGCAGAAGCGACAUGCCCGAGUCACGGUCAAGUAUGACAGGCGGGAGCUGCAGCAACAGCUGGACGUGGAGAAGUGGAUCGAAGGGCGCCUGGAGGAGCUGUACCAGGGCUGGGAGGAAGAAAUGCCUGAUGAAGUCAACAUUGAUGAAUUAUUGGAACUAGAGAGUGGGGAGGAGAGAAGCAGAAAAAUUCAGAGAAUCGUGCAGACCUAUAGGAACCCCACAGAGGAUUUUGCCAAGGAGCUGGUCCUGAAGCUUCAGGGGCUUCACAAACAGCCAGGCCUUCCCCGGGGCAGCCCUUCAGAUGACCCAGAUGGGGGUGGCAUAAGUCCAGUCCAGGAUCAAGCCAGGACAGCCCCUCGCUAA